CAACUUCAAUCCAAUUGUUUUCUCAAAGAGACAAAGGGAAAUACUAACUCCUUUGUAAACCAACCAUAGUGAAAGAGGGAGACACAAACCCUUGUUUGCUUUGAGAAUAGAGAACCUUUGACAUUCAAUUUUCCAAAACACAACACCAUCAUCCAUCAUCAAUGGAGGCCCUGUCUAGUCUUCACCACAGUCACCAACCUCAAUGCUCCUCCAUCCACUACCAUUCUCCUUCUCCUUCCAUCUCUCCUUCUCUUUUCCUCUCACAACCUUCAUCACCUUCACCUUCCAUUAGAGCUUCAUCAUCAUCACUAUCAUCAUCAUCAUCAUCAUCACCUCCUUCUGAUUCUCCUGUGCAAAAUCUCCAAUACCCAGAACCCAAAACUCCACAAAUUUUCAACCCUCUUCCCAAACUUCCCUCCUUUGACCCUCCUAUCCAAUACCCAGAAGCCAAAUCUUCUCAUAUUUUCAACACUCUUCGUAAACUUCCCUCCUUUGCAACCAUAACUGCUGCAUCAGCGUUUCUCAUUCUGGGGUUUUGUCAAAAGGGUUUUACCAGCAAGGCGUUACCAUCAUCACUGUCCUCUGUGGUUUCCAUUCAGGAAGAAUUACUGGAUGAGAAGACUGACAUUGGAGAUUUUCUUGGAAGUAAACCAGAUCAUGGUCAUUCUGUUCUGCUCUUGAAGCUCAAAGAGAGAGUCCCUGUUGUGCACAGUUUUGAUAAAAUGAAAUCUGAUGAUGAAGAAGCUUGGCAAGUGUUGAAAGCACAAGUUUUUAGCUGCAGUGAGAAGUUGGAGCUUGUGAAGGUUGGAUUUGAAGAGAUAUUGGAGAAUGACCAGGAUUGUCACAGGGCUCAUCAUGAUUGUAUAUUUGAGUAUCUGGAAAUGGUUGAUAAAUGUACCAACUUGUUGAAGGGUAUUAAGGUUGCAAUAAGUAGAUGUGAGAGGCAGAAUGCAGAUAUAAGGAGUUACCUUAGAUUCUUCAGUAAGGUUCUUGCUCGUAUAAGGGUCUUCGAGAGAGACAUGGUUGGUGCUUUGAAGUAUUAUAAGGAGCUUGUGCAGGAGUAAGGGAAGUUUGUCCAAAGGAAUAAUGCUCUUUAGUUCGUGUCUGCUGAUUAAAACGAAUGCUUAACCUGUUGAUCAACAAGAAGGUAUUUGAGGCUUCUAUUCAAUUUUCGGUUCAUGGUUUACUAUGACUUUUGUAUUAUCUUAUAAUCAUGAAAUAUCUGUUUAUUAGGAUGAGAAACUCUACUGAGUAGACAUAUUCUGGCUGAAGGAUUGGGCUGAGUCCUAAGUUCAUGUAUAUAUAAUUAGGAAUUGAACACUAAUAAAUUUUCCUAGAGAUUUUAAUUAUGUUUCUUGAUUACACACCGUUUACUGUUACAUGCCCUUUGGGCCUAGUGGGGUGAGAUAUUUUUCAUGCAUAUAUAUUUUAGAAUUGAGCAAUCACAAAGAUGAUUGGUUUUUCCAA